UUUUUUUUUUUUUUUGACAAGGUCUUGCUCUGUCACCCAAGCUGGAUGAGUGUCAUGGCUUACUCCAGUGUUGACUCCUGGGCUCAAGCGAUCCUACCACCUCUCUGCCUCCUAAGUAGCUGGGACUACAGGUGCGUGUCACCAUGUCCGCUAAUUUUUGUAUUUUUGUAUUUUUUUUUUUGAGACAGAGUCUUGCUCUGUCGCACAGGCCGGAGUGAAUUGGUGCAAUCAUGCUCGCUAAUUUCUUUGAGACAGAAUCUCGCUCUGUCACACAGGCUGGAGUGCAAUAGUACAAUCUGGGCUCACUGUAACCUCCGCUUCCCAAAUUCAAGCGAUUCUCCUGUCUCAGCCUCCUGAGUAGCUGGGAUUACAGGCAUGCGCCACCAUGCCUGGCUAAUUUUUGUAUUUUUAGUAGAGAUGCGGUUUUGCCAUGUUAGCCAGGCUGGUCUCAGACUCCUGGCUUUAGGUGAUCCACUGACCUCAGCCUCCCAAAGUGCUGGGAUUGCAGGCAUGAGCCACCGCACCUGGCCUAAUUUUUGUAUUUUUUUGUAGAGAAGGUGUUUCACCAUGUUGCCCAGGCUGGUCGCAAACUCCCGCACUCAAGUUAUUCACCAGCCUUGGCCUCCCAAAGUGCUAGGAUUACAGGCAUGAGACACCAGCCAGGCCUAUCAAGUCUUUUGAUAAGAAAAACAAAUGGCAAUUAUACUUUAUUAAACUGGAGACUAUUAACACAUUAAUUACUUAAAAGAGUUCUGGAAAUGUCUAAACCGAUGCCAAAUAAUUAUUUAAUAAUAAUAGCACUAGAUUCAACACUACACAUUCUAGUAGCAACCUUAAGCUGAUCCUGAAAAGUUAAGAAAAUAGGCCAGGCAGGGUGGCUUACGCCUGUAAUCCAGCACUUUGGGAAGCCGAGGUGAGCAGAUCACUCGAGGCCAGGAGUUCAAGACCAGCCUGGCCAACAUGGUGAAAGCCCGUCUCUAGCAAAAAUACAAAAAUUAGCUGAGCAUACUGGCGCACACCUGUGGUCCCAGCUAGGGAGGCUGAGGCAUGAGAAUCCCUUGAACCUGGGAGGUGGAGACUGCAGUGAACAGAUAUCACACCACUGUACUCAGUCCUGGGCAACAGAGUGUCUCUGUCUCAAAAAAAAAAAAAAGGAGAGAAAAUAGAAAAAUAAAAUGUACUUGACUAAGAGAGUAAGGCUAAAAGCCAAGUUUAGGACAUCAGUCUUUCCAGCCCCUGCAGGCUUUUUCAGUCAAUACCUUAAAGUGUAACGUCCCUUUGAAAAUGUUGCCAGGAGAAGCAGGCAUAACUUGUUCUGUUACUCAACCUGUCUGUUUCCAGUUACAGCAUCAUGAUUAUGCAAAUAAUCUUUUCUUGAAACUAUGAAAUCACGUGGCUAAAUGUAAUUGUCAAGGCAGCAGUUUUCUCAGAAUUUAAGAAGUAACUGUAGAGAAAAUGCUUCACAAUGUCUUUGUAGUCAGUUUUCCCUCAUUAUUAUUCCUCUCAAUUCCAAAAUAAUGACUGGUACAAUACAGCUUUCAAGUAUGUGAGAGGAUAUAUCCUCUGAAACUCCUGGACAGACAGCACUGGUAUGACCCUAUGUAGGUCACAUGAUAAUAUCCAAGUAUAGAGAAGCAAUGAAUCCUAUGAACCCAGUUUUAAGCCCUUAUAGAACUGUUGUCCAGAAACUAAGACAAAAGUCUCCUAUUUAAAACUAUUUUAAUGUUUCAUCGCUAUUGUAUUAUUAAAUGGGAUUCAGAUUCUUAUUUUUUUAUUGAGACAGAGUCUCACUCUGUCACCCAUGCUGGAGUGCAGCGGCGUGAUCUUGGCUUACUGAAACCUCUGCCUCCCAGGUUCAAGUGAUUCUCCUGCCUCAGCCUCCCCAGUAGCUGGGACUACAGGCGCGCGGCCGUGAUGCCCCGCUAAUUUUUGUAUUUUUAGUAGAGAUGAGGUUUUGCCAUGUUGCCCAGGCUGGUCCUGAACAACUGACUUUCAAGUGAUCCGCCCGCCUCGGCCUUCCAAAGUGCUGGGAUUCAGGCGCGAAUCACCCUGCCAGGCCUCAUUUCGUUUUUAGUACAGUAUUAUAUUCAAAUUUAAAACCAGAGAUUUUCAAAGAUGACACUUAACUUUAAAAGAUAAAAAGUACUCCAAAGCAGGCUCGGCGCAGUGGCUCACGCCUGUAAUCCCAGCACUUUGGGAGGCCGAGGCGGAAGGAUCACUUGAGGUCAGGAGUUUGAGACCAGCCUGGUCAAAAUGGUGAAACCCCAUGUCUACCAAAAAUACAAAAAUUAGCCGAGCGUGGUGGCGCAGGCCUGUAAUUCUAGUUACUCCGGAGGCUGAGGCAGGCGAAUCGCUUGAACCCGGAAGAUGGAGGUUGCAGUGAGCUGAGAUCAUGCCAUUGCACUCCAAACCUGGGUGACAAGAGCUAGACUCUGUCUCAAAAAAAAAGAAGUUCCUAUAAUUUCUAAAACAAGCAAAGAAAGUUUCCAUACAGAAUUAAGAGAAAAAUGUUAAGACCCAGACUCGGGGUUGGAUGAAAUAGAAUGAGGCAACAGAACACAGGAGUUAAGAGCUUCCGUGUGAUUCCCAGCUCAACCUGGAGCAAAUGACUUAUUUCUCAGAACCUCAGUUUGCUUACCUGUAAAGUAGGAAUAAUAAUACCUACCUCCUAGAUCAAAUUGUUCCAAAAAUUAAAUACAGCAAAAGGCCUAACGAAUUGCCUCAUAAGGGCUCAAUAAAUCGUAUUAUUGCAACCAUUUCGCCUGUAUUUGAGUGUGAAGCGCCUAGAAAAAAACCACAGGACCCCUACGGCGAGUCGGGAAUUUUUAGAUACUUUCCUCCGAGUCAACGCUCAGUGAAAUCAGUUCAAUCAGUGGCCAGACACCGUGCGGCUGACACAGCUUAUCCCCCGACCCUGAGGUCAGGGGUCCCCGGAGCCCAAGGUCGCUUCCAAAGCUCAGCGAGGCGGAGGUGCGGCCCGGGCUGGUCUGGUUCGGCCACCGUUGUUAUGGCAACCGCCAAGAGGUUGGCUUCAUCUCCUUCGGCUAAACUGAAAGUCUGCACAAGAGAGGCCAAUCGAAGGGCCCCAAGGUGGGCAGCACAGGUUCCUCGACGACUUCCUAGGUCGCAAUCUCCAGGAAAACGACCACAGGCUCAGCGCAGCUAGCAGCCGAGCCCCGCUCCCGGGGCCCUUCCGGCGGCUGCGCCCUUUAACCCCGGAAGUGGGCGGGAGAGGAAGCGGCUGGUGAUGCUGGAACAAACAUGGCCGUUCUGGCGACCGUCUGCUCCUCCGCCUCCAGCGGUCUUAGGCUGGCCGCGGGCCUCCGGCUGCUCCCGAUGCUGGGUUUGCUGCAGUUGCUGGCCGAGCCUGGCCUGGGCCGCGUCCAUCACCUGGCACUCAAGGAUGAUGUGAGGCAUAAAGUUCAUCUGAACACCUUUGGCUUCUUCAAGGAUGGGUACAUGGUGGUGAAUGUCAGUAGCCUCUCAUUGAAUGAGCCUGAAGACAAGGAUGUGACUAUUGGAUUUAGCCUAGACCGUACAAAGAAUGAUGGCUUUUCUUCUUACCUGGAUGAAGAUGUGAAUUACUGUAUUUUAAAGAAACAGUCUGUCUCCGUCACCCUUCUAAUCCUAGACAUCUCCAGAAGUGAGGUAAGAGUAAAGUCUCCACCAGAAGCUGGUACCCAGUUACCAAAGAUCAUCUUCAGCAGGGAUGAGAAAGUCCUUGGUCAGAGCCAGGAACCUAGUGUUAACCCUGUUUCAGCAGGCAACCGGACCCAGCAGACACAAGACGGUGGAAAGUCUAAAAGAAGUACAGUGGAUUCAAAGGCCAUGGGAGAGAAAUCCUUUUCUGUUCAUAAUAAUGGUGGGGCAGUGUCAUUUCAGUUUUUCUUUAACAUCAGCACUGAUGACCAAGAAGGCCUUUACAGUCUUUAUUUUCAUAAAUGCCUUGGAAAAGAAUUGCCAAGUGACAAGUUUUCAUUCAGCCUUGAUAUUGAGAUCACAGAGAAGAAUCCUGACAGCUACCUCUCAGCAGGAGAAAUUCCUCUCCCCAAAUUAUACAUCUCAAUGGCCUUUUUCUUCUUUCUUUCUGGGACCAUCUGGAUUCAUAUCCUUCGAAAACGACGGAACGAUGUAUUUAAAAUCCACUGGCUGAUGGCGGCUCUUCCUUUCACCAAGUCUCUUUCCUUGGUGUUCCACGCGAUUGACUACCACUACAUCUCCUCCCAGGGCUUCCCUAUCGAAGGCUGGGCUGUUGUGUACUACAUAACUCACCUUUUGAAAGGGGCGCUACUCUUCAUCACCAUUGCACUCAUUGGCACUGGCUGGGCUUUCAUUAAGCACAUCCUUUCUGAUAAAGACAAAAAGAUCUUCAUGAUUGUCAUUCCACUCCAGGUCCUGGCAAAUGUAGCCUACAUCAUCAUAGAGUCCACCGAGGAGGGCACGACUGAAUAUGGCUUGUGGAAGGACUCUCUAUUUCUGGUCGACCUGUUGUGUUGUGGUGCCAUCCUCUUCCCAGUGGUGUGGUCAAUCAGACAUUUACAAGAAGCAUCAGCAACAGAUGGAAAAGCUGCUAUUAACUUAGCAAAGCUGAAACUUUUCAGACAUUAUUACGUCUUGAUUGUGUGUUACAUAUACUUCACUAGGAUCAUUGCGUUUCUCCUCAAACUCGCUGUUCCGUUCCAAUGGAAGUGGCUCUACCAGCUCCUGGAUGAAACGGCCACACUGGUCUUCUUUGUUCUAACGGGGUAUAAAUUCCGUCCGGCUUCAGAUAACCCCUACCUACAACUUUCUCAGGAAGACGAAGACUUGGAAAUGGAGUCUGUUGUGACAACAUCUGGGGUGAUGGAAAGUAUGAAGAAAGUCAAGAAGGUGACCAACGGCUCCGUGGAGCCCCAGGGCGAGUGGGAAGGCGCCGUGUGACAGGGCCGACCCUGAGGAUGGCACUGUCCAGGGAAACUGUUAACUUAUUCAUAGUCCUAUUGGACAGCAGGAGCAGCUCCUACAGUGAACUAUUGGUACCUCCGACAGUGACACCAGGGCACAUGGCUGGAGCACAGUGCCGCGGAAACCUGAUUUUGUACUCUUUUAUGGAAACGAUCUGUGGCUGUUUAGAGGCAGCUAGAUCCUCCUUUAGGCGGGAAUGGGAGGGUGGGCACAGGGAGGAGGAGAGGAAGAGAAAAGGAAGAAUUCAUUUUUAAUUUAGGUUUCUUUUUUUUUUCUUCUUCUUUUUGGAGCUCUAAGGUAUAUGCAGUUGUGACCCCACGUGUGGGGAAGUGUAGCAAGGAUGGCUGGUGGAGGGGGAAGGAGGGUGCGAGGUGUCUGUCUGAUGCUUUAGGAAAUGUCUACUGAGGACCCCGAGACUUAAGAAGAAGGGCGGGGAGAGUGCCAUUGCCUGUUCGGGAGACAAAGAUGAAUGAAAACAGGUGACUUUGGAAAGCAAAGUCAAAACCCAGUUUAGGAUGUAGCACCUGCCCCAGGAUUCCUGCCCUCGGCGUUGCCCCAGACCCUUAUUCCAGAUGUGAGAGUGACCAGGACAGCAGCUCCUGAGGCCCAGUGGUCUUUCCAACAGGAAAAGAAGGCUGUGAUGUCACUGUCAGGAUCAUGCCCUGCGGCAUAGCACAGGUGGUGGGAGGUGGUUUUCUGAUUGAGAUGUUGCCUGAUGGAUGGAAAGAAAUGUAUUUUUAAGUUCGAAAAGCAUUAUCCUGUGGCGUUCCCUGGACAUCCACUCCCUGACAGCCCAGAGCAGCACUGUCUGGCUUCCCUUCACGCUUGUGGCUUUGUUGUGUGUGAUCAGAAUUUUGGGGGUAAUGGAAAGGAGUUUUCCUUAAGGAGCAGCUGGGGGAGAAUAGGUAGUAUUUAAGCAAAGACUUAAGUCCAAGCAAAUCAUCCCCAUUAAAAGGCUUUUCCUGUAGGCUAGUAGGAUUUCUAAAUUGAUGAAUUCAACAGUCUUGGUCCCCAUAGUCCAAGAGUGUGUAUGUGAAGAAAGUGAGCAUGAUUCAACAGUUUCACUCUCAGGGAUUUUAGGAUGGCGAAAUAUUUCACAGAAACUCAAUGAUUAAGUUCCCUUCCACACUUCCAGAGCUUGAAUGAACACAGGUAGCCACCUAAAGUGAGCAGUAUUGCAACUCAGAGAGAAAAUCAUCUGAACAGUAGGACAGGCUCAGAAGGUCCAUUGUGACUGAGGGCUUAAAAGGAGACCGAAACAUGGCCCCAUCAGGGAAGCUUCUUAGUGCUUGGGGGGCCAGCUAGGUAGGGUUGCUUCCAAAAGCGGGAGCCCACCCCUGCCUGGGGCUUGUCAGCCACACCUGCAGGAGAACAGGGACCUCUGGGGGUGAUAGUCGUGGUCUCUGGGAGUUGUUUUCUCACCUCGCUUAAAAGGGUCAGGCAGAAACCACAGGAUGUGGGGUCACACUCACUGUCCCAGGUUUGGGAACCUGAAAAAGUCUCCAUUCAGAACAUGGUUGUUCUCCCUGUCCCAUGCUAUCUGAUCUUCCUAAAUGACUAAUGAGGAAGCGGAUGUUCUUUUUCUGCACUUUGAUUCGCCAUCUGGGUUCUGUAGGGUGCUCUGAAGGUGUGAUCUGCCUUAUGGCUGAUGUGGAGGAAGAGCAAGCGCCUUCCCAGGCCACAGCUGCUCACCUCUCGGCAGGUAUUUUAGGCAAGCAUCCGUGUCUUCCCAUCUUCAGGAGAAGGGUAAAUGCGCCCUAAGUGUUCACUUCUGGACCUUUUUCAAGUUCACUUGAGACUGUGUGACAGAAGGGAGUUGGAGGGAGGAUGGGAAUAUUUUUAACACUUUGUUUUCCUGUGCAGAAACAUAAUACCAGUUUUCGCAGAAAUGUGUCUCAAUCUGUGACUACCAAAGCCCUCCUCAGUCCUUCCCUCAGAGGGACACAUUUGCUGUUCUCCCGCAAGCAGAUGUUGUGGAUGAGGCGAUAGACUCCUUGGCAAGAACGAAAGAUGUGAUGAAACCUCCCUGCUCGGAAGGGUCUCCGUGGAGGUGUCCUCAUUUCACAUGCUAGGUUUUGCAAGCAGGGAAGCCAGGGAGUGGAGGAGCUAGAGAGAGGCAGGCGUGUGUGUGGACAAGUGCUGGAGCCACAGCCAUCAGACUGGCACGGGAACGCCAGCGUUGGGUGUUCAGAUUCCACGCGUAUGUCUGGGCUCACAGCAUGGCCGAGUGUCUGCAGUGCUGGUCCUGACCCUUCCAGAGCAGCAGUGGAGAGAUGAGAUAAGACUGUUUCAGAAACAAAGAUGGCCACAGCCUUCCUAACAAGCAGGUCAUCUGGCCAUGUCUGCAUUGUAACUGGUAAAAGGCUUCAAGUCAGAUUGAUCAAGAAAAGUCAAAACCCCAGCCCAAGAUUGAGAAAGCAGGUGGUGGUUCCAAGCUUUUAAAAAAUUAUUGAAGCUCUCCAUCCUGUUAUGUGAGUGUGUCUUCUCUUUCUCCUUCAUGUCAUAGCUGUGACCCACCAUUCAUCUCUGCUCUUGCGUAAAGAUGACCGAUGGAGUCCAAAGCCAAGUGGCUUCACCAGCUGACAAGCCACCCUCCUGCAGCCUGAGUUUUACAGUCCACUGGGUUCGUUGUCAUGCGGUGUUUGAAUGGUUAAGCCCUUGCAGUGUUUCAGGGAUCGGGCAAAAAAUAUCGGAUGCACAUAGCAGAACCAUUGGUGGUAUUUAUAGCUCGCUUUGUACUCCUCCUCACUGUUUCUGCCUACGCAAAAUAUCCAUGUUUCCUUUGAGAAAUCUGUUGUGGACUGAAAGCGCUGCUGGCUGUGAAAUUUAAUAAAGUGCGUAUGCUUUGCUAGAAAAUUA